UUUAUCUUUUGACUGUUGGUAAAUUCUCACUGGCAAUCAUGGCACAAGGAAUCAUAUCCCUGUCUCUGCUAAUCCUAGGAUCGUGCUACCUGCUCUCCUCCCAUCUUAUAAAGAAUCCCUUUACUCCUCAGGAACUUGCAAUUCUCGCCAACGCCAAAUUUAGCGAUCUUCCUUUUCGGUUACAAGUUGCUUUGAGAAGAAGAACAAAAACUGGGGAUAACUCACAUUUUUGCUGCUCCACCGAUACAAGUUCUCCUAUUGGUUAUAAGACAGUGUCAAAGGUCGUCAGCGAAAUAGUAAAGGUCGGAGUUCAAGUUCAGGUUGGAGAAAAUUCAUGUGGAUUUCUGAACAGUGGAAAAUGCCAUCAAAAUGAAUUGAGAUAUCAAGAGAAACUGAUCACCCAUCUGACUUACGAGGAGAUGCCUCUGAUUCAGCAGUGUCCCAAUACAAACAUUGUUUGUUGUAACCAUUACGUAAACAUCACUGGAAACUGCAUGCUGCUCGGUGAAGCAGCGGCCUACAAGCAGGAUUUGAUAGAUCUUAUGCAAGCUGGACUUCUUGGUUAAACAUAAUUUGUGCAAUAAACAUUGAAAUACU